UAGGGGAAACGCGGUUGCGACGGACUCCGGAGUAAACUGCAGGUUGAUUGUAGGUAACCAUGGAGACUGAUGCGGACACGGGCAGUGGCGAGCGGAUUUGGCGGGAAGAAGAGUAGAAAACUAACAACAAAAAAAAGAAGUGCGAAAAUAGACAGCGACAACAAAACGAACCGAUCGAAGAAGGUAAUAAAAAGAGUAGGUAAUAAAUCCAAUCUAUUUGUGAAGCGGUGCCGUGAGGUGCGAGCGUAUGCGAGUUGCAACAGCAAGGAUGCGUGUGCGUUUGUGUUCAUACACGUAGAGCGUGUGUGUAAAUGCGAGUUUGCGCUCUUCGAUUGUAUAUGUAUGUAUGUACUGACUGGAUAAUGGAAAAAAAAAGGGGAAUUUCGGUUCGCCCCAAAGAAAGUGAAGCCGUCCGACAAUAUUCAUUAGAAUGCGUACGUUCCUCGGGUAGCGUCGUUAUUCGUCUUGCAACGGUUCCGCGCAACAAUAUCGAAUAUUAACUGCGAAUAAAUGAAGAGCGCGGUUUUUCGGGUGUGCGUGUCUUUGUGAAAUAUUCUUGAAACAAAAAUAAAAAUAAUAAAUAAACACAAUCUAACAUCGCACGGCAAGGCCGUCGCUAUUCUUGGGAUCUCGGAAUUGUUUCGAAAAUUUGAACAAUUUUCCAUCAUCAUCAUCAUCACCAUCAUCGUCGUAACAUUACCAUCAAUAAUCAUUAUUAUUAUUAUUAAUGAUAAUAAUAAAUAGAAUUGGGUAUCAUCGUUACGUGUUACAUCGACAGUCGCCGUCGAUCACCACACCGAUGAUGUAUGCAUAAUAACCCAAUUGCGUUUCUUGUCACAUCGGACGUAACUGUUCAUUGCUUCCUCCCCGUGUACUUCCAUUGUUUUCCUUUUUCUUUUCUUCGACAUUCCAAAGACGACUUUGAUCAUCUAUUAUAUCCUAUACGCUUUGGACGCAUUACACAGGCAUAACAGAAUAGACACAGGGAGGAAUAGAGUGAAGAUGUCUUGCAGAAGCGUUCGAAUGCAGCAGUUGUAGUUGUGCUUUUGUUUCUACGGAUAUACCCCGCAAAUGUUGUGGUGCACGGGUAUUGCGCUGGUCGCGAUCCUCUUUCACCUCCUCGAUGGAUCACACCUGGCCAUCUCCUCUCCGACAGACGUCGCCGACGCCGCCUCCGACUCCAGACUUCGCUACGAGGAGUACGUGAUCGAGCACGAAAUUUCUGCGACGCAAGCGAAGAACUCGGUGCUACAUAUGACAUUGGACACAAGCAUCGAAGUGCCGACGGGAUGUCAGAAAUGCACGGCAAACGAGAAAAACUACUGUCUGAGCAGCAAUUUCAUUGCGGAUCAUUGCUGUUGCGAUAGGAAGCAUCACGAGGUUCUACCGUACGUCCCACAUACCUGUUACCUGGGACCGAACCUUUGCUCGACGAUAAUCGGCGAUUGCAACGCGUACGAGAGGCUCAGGCGGUGCUGCUGCGAGAAAUAUGUUUUCGAAAAGUGGAAAGAAAAGUCAUCGGGGACGUCGACUAUAGCACCACUUGGACUGUUGCUAGCGCUGACUGCGAAUCUAGUUAUCUUUGUACAAAUCGCUUAAUUCAAUCGCUUGGAUGUAAUAUAUUUUAUGUGAAGAGAUAAACACAUAAUGAUUAACACUAUGUAAACGCUUAACCUGUUAU